CUUGACGCUUUUCUGCAUGACGCGUGUUUUUAAAUAGAUUUGUUUUUGCCUAUAAUGUCAAAUGAGUAUCUUGGACCGUGGUAUGAGAAUUCAUCAAAAAGCGCCCAGAUUCUUCACACAACCAAUAAUGAUAGUAGCUCAGUGAAAAAAUUCACCGGUCACCAGGAUGAACAACAACAACAGCAGCAACAACAACGUGAGAGAUUACUGGAAGGCAUUGCUGAAGCUAAAACCACCAUUGAUUUAUUUUUAAAUAAUCGAUUUGAAGAGGCCAAAAAUCGUCUACAUACAAAAAAUGGUAGUGGUGGUAUGUAUCAAGAAUUGGCGAAUUCGACAAUACUGUUCAUUCAAGGAAUGGCUACAAUUGAGAAUGAAAAUCUUGAAUUAGCCAAAGAACAAUUAAAAACCACAUUGAAAGCAUGUCAAGCAAAUCGACGUAAAGCAGCAAUCACAGAAACAUUCACUAAACAAAUGGAAAAAAGUCGUAAUACAAUUUAUGCCUUAUAUACGGAUGAACAAGCCCAUGCUGAAUUAUGUUAUGCUGAAGGUCUACUUCAAUUGGCAUUUCUUUCAAUGUUACAAGAUGAAAAAUUAGCCAGUCUCAUCAAAUGUUCUUUGAAAAUAAGACAAUGCUAUAAAUGUUAUCGAUUAUGUUGGAGAAUAUUGAAAUAUCAUAAUUGGCAAAAUCCAAUCAGCAAAUCAGCAUUUGAAAGUGGUGUACAUUUAGGUGUUGGAGCGUUUAAUUUAAUGAUCUCAAUGCUUCCUAGACGUGUAUUGAAAUUAUUGGAAUUUGUUGGAUUCUCUGGAGAUCGUCAAUUCGGUUUAGAACAACUAAGAUUAGGUGCAGGAAUGCAAGAUUCAUUACGUGGUCCUUUAUGCUCUCUAUUAUUAUUGGCAUACGAUUUAUAUGCUACUCACAUGUUAGGUGACAGUGUUGUCAGUGUAUCAUCUGAACAACCAGAACAUUUGAAAGAAGCUCGUGAAUUAUUAGCUCAUUGGUGUGUUGUUUAUCCGAACAGUGCGAUAUUCUUAUUGUUAGCUGGUCGUUUAGAAGAAAUCUCAGGAAAUUUACAUGAGGCUAUCACAUUAUUUCAACGUUCAAUAGAUUCACAAUCUGACUGGAUACAUUAUCAUCAUCUUUGUUAUUGGGAAUUAAUUUGGUGUUAUGCAUUACAAGCUGAUUGGCAAAAAGCUAUUUUAUACACUGAAAAAUUAGCUUUAGAAAGUCGUUGGAGUCAAGCAUCUUAUCGUUAUAUGAAAGCAGCUUUCUUACUACAAAGUAUGGAAGAUCAUACGGUGCGUGAAAUGAGAAAUCAUGAUGGUAUUAUUGCAAAACCACAAGAUAUAGUUGAUCAAUUAUUAACAGAUAUACCUAACUUGGUAAAACGUUUCGGUGGUCGAUCAUUACCAAUUGAAAAAAUUGCAUUGAGAAAGUCGGCCAGAUAUUUUGCACAGAAUAAACGGCUAACUCUACCAGCUUUAGAACUCAUAUUCAUUUGGAAUGGAUUCAAAAUGAUCCAGUCACAACCGGAUGCUAUCACAGCAUUUAUUAUGAUUUGUGAAAAUAAAAUCAAUGAAUUAUUUCAAACUAAAGAUACAUGUGAAACAUUUUAUGAUGAUUAUUGCUUAGCAUUAAUGCUUAAAGGUGUUUGUCUUCGUUGUCGUGGCCAGACAUUUCAAGCUUAUAUGUGUUUCACUGAAAUUAUACAAUCUAAACGAAAAUUAAAAUUAGACACUUAUCUUCUACCAUAUUGUGAAAUGGAAUUAUGUCAUCUGUCAUAUGAAGAAGGAGAAAUUGAUGAAGCGGUGAAACAUUUAGAAAAAGCUUUAAGUUAUAAACAUUAUCAUUUAGAAUCACGACUACAUUUUCGUAUACAUGAAAUGGAUACACGUCUUAGAGAGAAUAAACGUAAAUUAUCAACUUUAACAGUAGAACACCAUGCACAACAUUCACCAUCAUCAUCAUCAUCAAAUCAGCAACAACAGCAACAACAAUCGCCAACAAUGAAAAAAACGGGUAGUGAAUAUUUUUUGGGAUUACCUAAUUUAUUCUCCAGUAGUAAUAAUAGUAAUAAUAAUAAUAAUAAUAGUGAUAACAAGUCCAUGUUAUCAUUUAAAUCCAUCGAUCUACCUAUGAGUAAUAGUAAUAAUAAUAAUUAUUCAUCAACAUCCAAAGUGAAAAGUGCUUCAUCAGCAAGAAAUUUAACAUUUUCUAAGAAAAAUCACAGUGUUGAAACACUGUCGUCAACAUUGGAUGCUAGACGUCUGUUUGAUGAAGGUGAUUUGGACGAUGGCGAUGAUAAUGUGGAUGUCAAUUUGGAUGAUGAAACAUUCAGUAUGGAUUAUGGGACAAGAUGA